UGAGUGGAGCCAAUGACUGCGAGUGAAUAAAUGCUAAGCCGGGAGGUCAAGCAAUAAUCCUUCUGGGUCUGGUCUCGUCAGUGUGCAUUUCCCUCUUCUUUUAUAGAAGAGGAGAGAACCCAAAUUUAUCCACCAAAUUUCUCUUUCUGCUGCCGUGAGUUUGAAAUGCUUGUUGGUUUUUAUGGUUCUCUUGGCAGCAAUAUCUCCAUAGUUGUCCCUUUCAAACUGUAGAUUUCCCUUCUUAUCCUCUCUCUCUCUUCUGGUCACUUUCCUUCAGUCGCCAUUUUUGUCUGUAUCUCUCUCGUCGAACGAUAUUUAUCUUGGGUUGUACGGACAUGGACGGUGGGGCACAGUACAACCCACGAACAGUGGAAGAGGUUUUCAGGGACUUUAAGGGCCGUAGAGCUGGAAUGAUCAAGGCCCUAACCACUGAUGUGGAAGAGUUCUAUCAACAGUGCGAUCCUGAGAAGGAGAACCUUUGCCUGUAUGGAUUUCCUAAUGAACAGUGGGAAGUCAAUUUACCUGCUGAAGAAGUGCCUCCAGAGCUCCCGGAGCCUGCAUUAGGUAUUAACUUUGCCAGAGAUGGGAUGCAAGAAAAAGACUGGCUUUCUCUAGUUUCUGUUCACAGUGAUGCAUGGCUACUUGCUGUGGCUUUCUAUUUUGGUGCUAGAUUUGGGUUUGAUAAAGCUGACAGGAAACGUCUUUUCACUAUGAUAAAUGAUCUCCCAACAAUAUUUGAGGUUGUAACGGGAACUGUAAAGAAGCAGGUGAAGGAGAAGUCAUCAGUCUCAAAUCAUAGCAGUACCAAGUCCAAGUCAAGCUCAAAAGGGCGUGGAUCUGAAUCUGGCAAAUAUUCAAAGGGGCAGCCAAGGGAGGACGAUGAAGGACUGGAAGAAGAAGAUGAGGAAGAGCAUGGGGAUACUUUGUGUGGGGCAUGUGGAGAGAACUAUGCUGCAGAUGAGUUCUGGAUUUGUUGUGAUAUAUGUGAAAAGUGGUUCCAUGGCAAGUGUGUGAAGAUCACCCCGGCUAGGGCCGAGCACAUUAAGCAAUACAAAUGCCCAUCUUGCAGCAACAAGAGAGCACGACCUUGAUUUUUGUGGGUCGGGUGAGCCCUCACCUCUGUGCUUCACUCGUGUUCAUGUCAUCAAACUAUUUAGGUAGUCAGGUUCUCUAUGUUGUGCUAUGUUGGCACAGUAUAUUAUUAGGUACAUUUUCUUUGGGACCUGCUCGUUGUGUAUGUUAGCAUUUGGUAGUUCGCGUAGUCGGACAUGUCUACUACUUGAUUCUGAAUUUGGAUAUAUCAUUUCCACUAUGUAGGAAAUUAUUUGUCCUAUAUCAAACACAGAAUAUCUAAUCAUUCUCAACCAAUUUCUGAUCUCAA